AUGGCUGCAGCAUUUGACACUACUGGUCUGCAAGACACUCUCCAGCUCCCUUUCCCUGCGGCCACCAAGCAGGUUGCGGGGCUAGUCAAUGGCAUACAAACGGAUGUGACGACGAUGAACUUCAGCGAUAAGAUCAUGGUCACAAUUUCCCAGGCUGGCCGAUUAGCACAUUGGUUGCACGUACCAAUGGAGAAUUUGAACCCCGGCACUGAGGGCAUGCACACCUUUUCUGAAGGCGAUGAUAGUCUGCUGCCACUGCAAAGUCUGACUACAACCACCAUUCUUGGUGGCUAUUCUGCUGGACAAGACACAACCGGUCAGCUCCUUGCCCGUCAAAUCGCUACUGCAAUUGCAACAAAAACACCCAAUGAGAACAGGCUCCUUGUAGUCGGAUUGGGUCUCGGAAAGGAGACCCCCGAUCGAGACGCGUUCUUCGCUAUCGUGGAUCUCGUUUUGCAAUGUCUCUAA